GACAUCGUUUAUGUAUAAAACGAACAUAUAUCCUCGCCGGACCAAAUCCAAAGCCUGUUUAUCAUCCAGACCCAGAACAGCUCAAUCAAGGCCUCAUCAUGGCAACCUCCAAGGCAUCACCGUUGGCUUUCAUGGAUGUUCUUAGUCCAGCCGUAUCAUAUUUUCGGCCCGCUGAGUCAACACCAACGACUCCCAAAACCACAACUUCUGGUGAUCCUCCACUCAUUAUCAUUCUUUCUUGGUCGGAAGCUCGCGAUAUUCAUAUAGCAAAGUACAUCUCUCAGUAUCGCGAGCUCUACCUAGCAUCUGCCAUACUCCUCUUCCGCGCUUCUACCAAGCUAUAUAUUCAACCAGCUCUACGACGUCGUCUAUUCGAGUCAGCUUUACCAAUUCUGCAGUCUGUCAAUAACGGACAAGAAGAUGCACCCAGCUUUCUCAUCCAUAUAUUUUCCAAUGGUGGUGUCAGUUCUGCUGCCACGCUUUGGGAGAUGUGGGAAACUUCACUAGGCGGCAAACCAAUUCCGCGACAUGCUGUCGUGAUGGACUCAUGUCCCGGAUACUUCCACUGGAAACGAGAUCACCAUGUCCUCUCAACCGGAUUCCCACCAUUUUUGUCUCCCCUUGUCUGGGUAUUUCUGGGUUUUGCAUGGGUCUACUACAAACUAUGGUUAGGUGUGGAACCGCAUACUGCCUAUGCCUCGGCUCUCAAUACGCCUGAGAGAAUCAGCCGGGAGACUAUGCGGGCAUACCUUUACGGAGAUGCAGACCUCUCAGUUGGUUGGGAGGAUGUUGAAUCACAUGCUCAACAAGCAAAGGACAAUGGCGCUGUUGUUAGAACAGAGAAGUUUGCUGGAGGUGCCCAUGUCGCUCAUGUCAGAGUUGAUGCUGAUAGAUACUGGAAGGCUGCUCAAGAGACUUGGCAAGGGAAAGAGUUUUAAAUUAGGUAUUCAUUCUUGUGUGUAGAUAUAAUAGACAUUAUUGAACCCAUAGAUAACUAUAUUACAUUCGUU